CUCCCGCUCCGCGCUCACACGGGCUCCGCUGCACCGGCGCUGGACAUGGGCUUCGCGGGCACCCGCCCCGCUCUGGCGGCCGCUCUCCUCUGCCUGGCCCGCCUGGCUCUGGGCUCACCCUGCCCCGCCGUGUGCCAGUGCCCGGCGGCCGCGCCGCAGUGCGCCCCCGGCGUGGGGCUGGUGCCGGACGGCUGCGGCUGCUGCAAGGUCUGCGCCAAGCAGCUGAACGAGGACUGCAGCCGAUCGCAGCCCUGCGACCACACCAAGGGGCUGGAGUGCAACUUCGGGGCCAGUCCCGCCGCCCUGAAGGGCAUCUGCAGAGCACAGUCCGAGGGAAGACCGUGUGAAUAUAACUCCAAAAUCUACCAGAACGGGGAGAGCUUCCAGCCGAACUGUAAACACCAGUGUACGUGCAUAGAUGGAGCUGUGGGCUGCAUCCCGCUCUGCCCGCAGGAGCUCUCUCUUCCCAACCUGGGCUGCCCUAGCCCCAGGCUGGUCAAAGUGCCCGGGCAGUGCUGCGAGGAGUGGGUCUGUGAUGAAAGCAAGGAUGCGCUGGAGGAGCUGGAAGGCUUCUUCAGCAAAGAGUUUGGUCCAGAUGAUUCUGAAGGUGAACUAACCAGGAACAACGAGCUGAUUGCCAUUGUGAAGGGAGGCCUGAAAAUGCUACCUGUUUUUGGAUCCGAGCCACAAAGCCGAGCUUUUGAGAAUCCUAAAUGCAUUGUGCAAACAACUUCUUGGUCCCAGUGCUCAAAGACAUGUGGAACUGGCAUCUCCACAAGGGUGACCAAUGACAAUGCUGACUGCAAGCUCAUCAAAGAGACCAGGAUAUGCGAAGUGAGGCCAUGUGGCCAGCCUAGCUAUGCCUCCCUAAAGAAGGGAAAAAAAUGUACCAAGACUAGGAAGUCCCCAUCCCCAGUGAAGUUUACUUACGCCGGAUGCUCCAGUGUGAAGAAGUACCGCCCCAAGUACUGUGGCUCCUGUGUGGAUGGCAGGUGCUGCACGCCCCAGCAGACCAGGACUGUCAAGGUCAGGUUCCGCUGCGAUGAUGGGGAAACCUUCACCAAGAGUGUCAUGAUGAUCCAGUCCUGCCGAUGCAACUACAACUGUCCCCAUGCAAACGAAGCUUAUCCCUUCUACAGACUAGUCAAUGACAUCCAUAAAUUUAGGGACUAAGUUGUGUUGGGGGUGGGAUGCAAACCAGAAUUUUGAAGUAACCAGCCAUGGAGAAAGGACCUCUGAUGGAAAUGGUGCCUUGCCCAUUUGAGGGCAACAUUGAGAUGUUACAGGAGUGCACUGUGCAACUGGACACUAAUGCAACAGAGAUUUAAGCAUACUUAAAGCUUCAUAGUACUGGAGCAACUUUACUGCUUCUUUUUGGAGCACCUUAUCUAAUUAUAUACUGUUUUCUGUUUGUAAGUGAUCAGAUAAAUGUUUUGUUCUGGUUAUGAAAACUUUACUAUCCUGUUCAGUUUAACACUAUGCUUCUCCCCAUCCCUCCAAUCUUCUCCCACCCUUUCCCAACCAAGUUGGAAGUUACAUUCCUUCCUGAGGUGGGCACUUCUGGGGUGUUCACAGUGGCAGCUAUUAUGUACCAACUGUAGUUUUAAUGGCAAACAGAAAUCAGUUGUUUUAAAGCUGAGUAUUUUAUUUAUCAACCUGUAGCUUUUGGUUUUGUUUUUAUUUUUUUUGAGUUUUUUUACCCCUUCCAGCCCCUGUAAUACUGGAAUAAGUUGUAAAUGAUUUUAAUUUUAUAUUCAAUGAAUUAAAAGAAUUUAUUUAUGGAAUUAAUCAUUUAAUAAAGAAAUAUUUACCUAA